AUGUACAAUGUGCAUCCAAGAACAGUCAGAAGAAUUUGGAAGCAAACAAGGGCACAAAAAGAGGCAUUCCAGAGAUACAACAUGGCAACAAAGGCAAAAAAUGCUGGCAGGAAACGCAUUGAAGUUGAACAAGACACAAUCACAAGCCUAACCAUGGGGGACAGAACAUGCAUUAGGGAUUUGGCAGAGAUGCUCGAUAUUGGACCAACAACACUUUGGAGAAUGAUAAAAAGGGGUGAUGUUAGGGCACACAAAAAUCCCCUACAUCCGGGGUUGCAAGACUCCAACAUGCCACAAAGGGUCAAAUGGGUCCUAGAUUUACUACAAGGGGACAGUCCACAAACAAAGAGGCAAUACCAACCAAUGUUUGAUUUUGUGCAUAUUGAUGAAAAGUGGUUCUACUUGAGCAAAAAAACACAAAGGGUGUAUUUGGGGAAGCAUGAAAGGGGCAAAUACAGAUCGGGAAAGUCAAGCAGAUUCAUACCAAAGGUAAUGUUCACAGCAGCAGUUGCAAGGCCUAGAUUCAAUGCUCAAAAUGAAUGCACAUUUGAUGGCAAAUUGGGGAUCUUUCCAUUCACUUAUCAAGAAGCAGCAAAGAGGAAUUCAAAAAACAGAGACAAGGGGACAAUGGUAACUAAAGUCGUUGAAUCAGUCAGAAAAGAAGAGACAAGGGACAUGCUCAUCAAUCAAAUUGUUCCAGCAAUCAUGCAAAAAUGGCCUCCAAGUGAAGGCCCAAAAACAAUAUUCAUACAACAAGACAAUGCAAAAACACACAUCACUCAAUCUGAUGCAUUAUGGCAACAAGCACAUCAACAAGGUGACUUCACUUUCAUUCUAGUCCAACAACCACCAAACAGUCCGGACUUGAACAUAUUAGACUUGGAUUUUAUCAGAAGUAUUCAAAGUUUAAUGCACAUGAAAAUGCCAAAGGAUGUUGAUGACAUGUUGGAUGCAGUUAACCAAGCUUAUUAUGAGUUAGAGGCAAGAACACUUGGAAAUGUUUGGUUAUUAUACCAAUAUGUGAUGAAUGAAAUACUAAAAGCCAAGGGUUCAAAUGAUUAUGAUCUACCACAUGUGAACAAGAAAAGACUUUUUGCUCAAGGAAUUUUACCAAUUCAAGUUAUUGCACCAAUGUGGGCAGUACAUGAUGGGUGGGACAUGUUGUAUGGAACACAAAAUGGGCAACACACUGAAAAUGCACAAGAUAUGCAAGAGGACAACAAUGCACAAAGAAUUACAAGUGAGGCAGCAAUGGCAGACAUUCCAGAGAGCUCAAAUGCACAACAAAACAGAGGCAAUCAAGCAUGGGAAGACAUUCCAGAGAGCUCAAAUGCACAAGCAAACAAAUCAAGUAAGAAUGAGAAGUUUGGGAAGACAUGCGAGAAACAAACAGAGAAUCAAGGGGACUAA